CUCUCCCGCCAAUUAAACCCCUACGAUUCAAAAUCAUUUCCCCUUUUAUAUAAACCCCGCAAAUUCCUCCCUUUCUUCCCUUUCUACCUCCAAACCCUAACACUAGAUUUCUAAUCUUUAAAGCAAAAAAAGGAAAAAAGAUACCCCCAAAAUGCUUGAGCUUAGGCUAGUUCAAGGUUCGCUUCUAAAGAAAGUUUUGGAAGCCAUUAAGGACUUGGUCAAUGAUGCAAACUUUGACUGUUCGGCUACGGGAUUUUCGUUGCAGGCCAUGGAUUCGAGUCACGUGGCGCUGGUGGCUCUGUUACUGAGAUCCGAAGGGUUCGAGCACUACCGAUGUGAUAGGAACAUUUCCAUGGGAAUAAACCUAAAUAACAUGUCUAAGAUGUUGAGAUGCGCCGGUAAUGAUGACAUCAUCACUAUCAAGGCUGAUGACGGCAGCGAUACCGUUACUUUCAUGUUCGAGAGCCCCACACAAGACAAGAUAUCGGAUUUUGAAAUGAAGCUGAUGGAUAUCGAUAGUGAACACCUUGGAAUUCCUGAGGCAGAGUACCAUGCUAUUGUUAGGAUGCCUUCUGCUGAGUUUGCAAGGAUUUGUAAAGACCUUGCCAGCAUUGGUGAUACGGUUGUUAUCUCUGUUACCAAGGAAGGUGUGAAGUUUUCCACAAGAGGUGAUAUUGGAACUGCAAAUAUUGUUCUCAGGCAAAAUACCACCGUAGAUAAACCAGAAGAAGCAACAAUUAUAGAGAUGAACGAGCCAGUAUCAUUGACAUUUGCAUUGAGGUACAUGAAUUCAUUUACAAAGGCUACUUCAUUGUCCAAUACAGUGACAAUCAGCUUGUCUUCAGAACUGCCUGUUGUGGUUGAGUACAAGAUAGCUGAGAUGGGUUAUAUCAGGUUCUACUUGGCACCCAAGAUUGAAGAGGAUGAGGAUGAGACUAAGCCACAAGUCUAACUUGAUUUUG